UCUUCUGCCGCUCGCUCGCCCGCUCGCCAUCAUAUCCGCCUUUGCCUCCUUCCGCACGACGCUACUUGGUGCAAUACGUAGAUAUCGCACCAUGGCUGCAGCAGAACGGGCAGCUGGCUCUGCACCGGCUGCGUCGUCGUCGUCGUCGUCAUCGUCAUCGUCGCCUUCGGUGGUGCCUCACAUGCUUUCAUCGCUGCGCAUCCUCCAUUCCCCUUCCUCCUCAUCUAAUACCUCUCUGCACCCAGUCAUUAUUCUCACCCUUCAGGGACGCAAAGUCGUCUUCAAUGCUCCCGAGGGAACGGUCAGAACGAUGAGCAGCAGGAAGACGAACCUUGCUGGAGUGGCUCGUGGCUCGAUUCACCUCUACGUGCAGGAUGCCACGCUCGCUGCUGGUGGUUUGCCAGGGGUGCUCAUGACACUGGGCGAUGCACCGACGAAGGAGGAGAUUCAUCUACAUGGUCCACCAUUGACGGCUCAUGCGCUGGCUACUGCACGCUUUUGUGCCAAGAGAAAGAGCAGGCAGUUGCGCGUUCACGAGAUGCACGAGGCCGCCACGAGUAGGGCCGCAGCUGCGACGGUGUGGCCUGCUGCUAGGACGGAGAGAAGGGAGGAGAUUAUCAGGCCGCUGCUUGCGUGGAGGACGAGCUCCACUGCAGCGCAGCAAACCACUUCGCCUGUAGCCAUGGAAGUUGACUCCGCCGCGGCCUCGUCUUCCUCAUCAUCAUCAAACGGCAGUCGCAAGCGGCGACGCUCAUCUGACGUCCCCCAAGACCUCAACGGAGCAGGACCGACGUCGAAUGUAGAGCAUGACGCCGCUUCGUACAUCCGAUCUCGCAAUUCCUCAUCGUCCUCGAGCGCAGCUCAUUCCUCGUACUCCCCAUUCACGCCUCUCCAAACGGCAGAGGACAUGUUCAAGUCAGGCAAGCCAGACGGCAACUCUCUCGACGAUCCCAGCACAGUGCGCGGCAAGCCCUCAGCGGCCUGGGUCCAGAAACGACUGGCCCCGCCCUCCCAUUCCUCACUAUCCCGCCAAGAUCUAGCGGUCAGCUACGCCAUUACCCUGCCGACCGUAUCGGGCAAGAUGGAUAUGCAGCGCGCCUCACUCGCGGGCGUCAGGCCGGGUCCCAACUUGGGUCUGCUGCAACAGGGGCAAAGCAUCAAGAUCCAACGUCCGAAGAAGUGGGAGGAGUGGAGCGAGGAGGCCAAAUUGAGCUGGGUUAAGCCGGCGAAGCCGCAGAAGGGAAAGAAGCAGAGGCAGCAACAGCAGCAGCAGGGUAAAGCGCCAGCGGCACCAGCAGACUCUGCCGAAGCAGCAACCGACAGUGCCUCCGAGCUGGAAGAAGUCACAAUCUCCAGCUCAGAAUGUGUCGCCCCUCCCAUCCCCGGCCCCGUUGUGCUCCUCAUCUACAUUCCCUCCCCCGCCCAUCUCGACUCGUUCCUCUCCCACCCACCCAACAGUUCCGCCCUACAGGAAGCCACUCAUGCUCAAGCGGGCAAAGUACACUUGAUGGUUCACACAAGCCCCGCAGAUGUCCUGCGCGACGAGCGCUACAGGCGCUGGGUGUCGAGUGUCAGCGACGAAGGAACGCAACACAUUGUGACCGCGAAGGAGAUUGGAGCAAACACGAUCCUCUUUCCCUCCUCAGCACUCCUUCUGCUGCGUCUUUCCCAGCUGGACGAAGGGCUGUUCCGCUUCCCUCCCUACUCGCUCAAGCGCAACGAAAAGCUCCUCCAGGAGGUCGGUGCCGGCUUCUCGAGCGGCGAGGAUGGCAAGGGCAAGAGCUCGGUAUGGGUCGCCGACCGCGACACGACCAUCGACCUUCAACCACGCCUCGGCGCACCAGGCCUGACGGAUCAUGCAUGGCAGGCCUCUUCUGCUGAUGUGACUUUCGACGCUUUUGCGAGCGAAGGGCAGGACUACGAAAGGAAGAUGGCUUUCCUCAGCUUUGGCAAGUGGAGGGAGAGUGAUACGAAGGAAGAUAAGGAGCGAGAGGCAGCAGAAGAGCGGAGCUCCCCGGUGACGAAGGGCAAGGCGAAUGGCAAGGCGAACGGCAAGGACAAGAGCAAUAGCAACGGCGAUGCUGCUGCAACGGCUGGUGCGACUCGUAAGGCGGAGCAGCGCGAAGCGUGGCUCGAGUUCAGCAAGAUCGGCGAGCGCGUGCGAGAGGAAGUAGCUUCUGCCUCUGCGGCCAGCGACAAAGCUGCCGCCGGUGUCGUGCGCUCCUCGGCCUGGGAAGGGAUACGUAUCACCACCCUCGGCACAGGGUCUGCCGCUCCCACCAAAUACAGGACCGUCUCUGCCACUCUGGUCGAGCUUCCCGCCCGUCUCUUUCCCAGCAGUGGAUUGGACGAGCCGGUGUACAUGCUCCUUGACGCUGGAGAGAACACGCUCGGCCAGCUCGCACAACGCUUCGGGAGAGGAAAAGAGCUCGACGCCAUUCUGCGUGGGCUGAGGCUGGUGUUCAUCAGCCAUAUCCAUGCCGAUCACUGUCUGGGCGUGGGCGGAGUGCUGAGGGCACGACGUCAAUUGGCUGAGCAGGAAAGCGAGAAGCUGGAGCCCCUCUUCCUUGUCAGCAACUUCUACACGCGCCGCAGCUUGGUGGAAUGGAACGACCUCGAGGACCUCGGCAUCCGCGAUCCUGACUUGCCAGAACCACAAGACGACACUAUCACUGCGCCUCUUGUAGUCUUGCUCGAAUCCGAGCACCUUGACUACCAGCACGGCAUCGCCGCACACGGCUCUUCGGACAGUGCUUACCUGACUCACCUGGAAGAAGGCUUCCGCCCAGGGUACGAGCGUUGGCUCUCCUCUCUCCGUCGAGAAGUCCUCUCUCGUGCACCCUUUGCCGGGCUGGACGAGGACGACCUGAUUGCUGAAGAGGAGGACGUGGCUGCUGCUGUUCGUCGCCUAGCUGAGGAGCGCUCCAAUACUAGGGACGCAGCGAGGAUGGGCAGGAAUAGGGAUGGGCGACCCAAUUUCGCGAGUAGCGCUAGACAUCUCUUUGAGGGUCUCAAGAGGAAGGAGCGCGAUAUGACUCGCAAGGGGUUGGAGAGGCUGAAGGAUGCACUCGGCGACGCGGUGGAGGUCAGGACGGCAGAGGUGGAUCAUCGGGCGAAGCAUUGCUACGGGAUUGUUGUGCGCAUCCCUGGCCCCAACGGAGGGCCGGAUGGUUUCUCCUUUUCUUACUCGGGCGAUACGCGUCCGACGCCUCGUCUCGAGGCUGCAGCCAAGGGCGUGGACCUCUACAUCCACGAGGCGACGAUGCAAGAAGAGGAGGCUCACGAGGCUUCAGCCCGGGGUCACUCUACCAUUCGAGGGGCAAUCGAGUCUGCCACUCGUGCUGAGGCGCGCGUCGUGUUGCUAACUCACUUCUCGCAGCGCUACCCGAAAAUGGCGAGGUUAAACCUGAGCGCGGGAAAGGGCAGGCCUACAGUGGCGUUUGGGAUGGACUUGUUGAGCGUCGAGAUGAAUCAGAUGUGGAAGAUGGAGAAGUAUUUGCCAGCCAUUGAGGUGCUCUUUAGGGCGGAUGAGGAGGGAGAGGAGGGGGAGGAAGAGGAGAAGCCCAAGACUGAUUGAGAGGGGCGUGCGCAGUGUGAAGGUAAUCAUCAAUAGAAAUGGUUCCUCACCUG